AUGAGUAGGCCGAGCUCUUUGAAGGAUGCUUAUGUGAGUGCCGCAGAUCUGUAUCGUGUUCAACAGCUUCAACGAGGGUCUUAUGAGCUUGCUAGAAAGAGGACCGAGAGUGGAGGAUCUUCCACCUACAAGAAGCCACGACCGAGUUUCCAAGCUAAGAAUGCAUCAUCUCCAACCCAAGGACCCAACCGAAUGGAGCAAGGAAAUCAAGCCAAGGCGUUCCCUUGUCGUAGAUGUGGGAAGGUGCAUGCAGGCCAGGAUUGCAAUGGCUUCGCAUUCCGAUGUUUCCGUUGUGGGGAUAAGGGUCACAAGACCACUGAGUGCCCUCAGCAAGCCAACCAAAGGGCGUUGCCGCCACCCCCAGGAGCCGGAGGAGCAGUAGGAGGUAGCUCGAGCCGUGGAGCAGCCGGGGCCAAGCCAUCGGGGAGAGUCUUUGUGAUGGGGCGAUCACAAGCGGAGACCGAGGGCUUAGUGGAGGAGGAGCUAGCAGGUAAUCCUUUUCUAGCAUACCCUUGUCUUUAG